AUGUGCACGUUUAGGGCCAUCAAAGCCAAGAGAAAAGUCACUAACAAACGUAAAGAACCGGAAAAACGGAAGGUGAAAACAACAAAAGCCAACGAUUCUAAAACUUCAAAAAAUGACAAGUCCCAGGUUUGUUACACAUGCAUUAAUGCAUGGCAAUUGUAUCUCCUUGAAAUUGGCUAGUCUGAUUAUGUGUAAUAAGUCUCGUUUGUUUGUUACGUAGGUUAGCAUUCAGGGUGAAGAACGUCGUCCUACUCACACAGUUCGCAGAUAGGGACUAUGUCCCUUAUAGGCCUACCCUAGUUGUCCGUGGCGUGCAAUUGCUGAGGAAAUCUUAGGCUACCAACAUUUUUUUCCCAAAAUAUGCAUGCUGGAGUGUCCUUUAACGCCUUUAGCAUUCACGACACUGUUUGUGAAUGGGUGAAAUCAUAGGCAACUUUCUAACUUCGAGCAUUGGCGAAAUCCUAUCCGUCGACCAAUCGUAAGACCAUGGUUUUCGUCCACAUACUCUCGUUAAGUGUUAAAAAAUAAGCGAAUUCCGGAUUUCGUCCUAACGACGACGGUUUGCAUGGUAAGAUUGAUUCCAUUUGCGGUUUUUUUCUACGGACCAGUCAAGCCUUUUUCGUCUACGUCGAGUUGGCAUCCUUUAAAGGUCGUGUGCAAAGUCUCUUAACCAUCGCUUAUUUUGCGUGCCAGCCGGAAACAUUAUUUAUCUGUAAGGGCCUAAGAAAGGUUGCUCAGAUGCAUUUUCACAACGGCAAAAUUAAAAUACAAGUGCCGUCGCAUGUUUCCCUGAGAAUCAGUAAUAGCGACCAGGGAAACAAAUUGUUCUCCAUUCACCUGACAACUUUCUUCGUCUCUUUUUUGUGUACUCUGUCUGCCGAUGAGGAAUACACCACUUCACCUGUCAUACAGUCAAAUGGAAUGAAAUUUCUGAUUUGAGAAGCUGAUAGACACCUCUGUUGCUGUCAUGAAGUUAUCCACUUGCAUUUACACCCUUUUAACUUCUGUCACCCCUUGGCUCUAACCGCAGUUAUGUGUAUUCAAACCGACAUGGUCACGUCAGCCUUGUCUUCCUCGGUGUAUUUUUGCAUUUUUAAGACAGCUUUCAGAUGACAGCUAGUUUCCUCCUCGUUGCUAAAUGACCAAUUUUCUCCUCGUCGAGAACCAGAGUCACACUAGGAUUGCACCUGCCUUUUGACGUACAGUAGAUGCAGUAACUCAUGAAAUGUUAUGAGGAUACGCCCACGCCGCGUUCACCAAAUUUUUACAGUAGUAAACAAACGGCCGUUCUUAAAAAGAAGACGUAUUUGGGUUUAUAAAUUAGUUGAGAGACAUGAGAAUAAUAAAUUUUAAUUGAAAACUAAAAGUACGGAAAAUGGCUGCAUUACAAGUAAUUCAAGUAAGGCUAACCAUAAGGGUGCAUAGGGAACGGAGGAUUCGCAUUAAAAGCGAAAAAUAAUAACCAAUGCAGUAAAAAAUUUUUUAUUGACAGCCCAUUUUCAUUUAACGCAGCAGAAAGUCCAUCGCACAUUGAAAUAGCCAGGUUGCCUAUAAUGAUUGUUCAGUGUGAUUAUCCAGCACAAAUUCAGGCUUUUCUUUGCCUUGCGCCGCUUUCUUUUGAUAAGGGUGAAAUAUUUUUGAUAGGAUUAAGAUCCGGGCCGUUGGCAGGCAUAAAAUUGAACGGAUGCCACAUGCGGAAAGACAGGGUGUUGUCUAAAAAGUUAGAUUACAGUUGCAUGGGUUGCCGAAUUCAUAUCUCUUUAGAACGAUAGACGGGAGCAUUACGUAUGAAAUUAUAGUAUCCAUUCGGUGUCGGUUGAUAUCGUUUUAGCUGAAGACAUCCUUAGCAAUGCCGACAAGCACCUUGGUGUUGAUGGUGCCCAUAGUCGACUGACAAGCCACACCACACCAUCAACCGUCGACAUUUCCUGGAGUUUGGCGUCGGCGCAGUGGGUUUCCUGGAAAGCUCAUAUCUAAAAUUAAGAUCUUAUAUCAGAAGUAAAUGGUCUGCCAGAAUGUGCGCCUCUGAUCAAUGUAUUUCUUAGCAAAUGGCAAACGUUCUCUAAUAAGUUUCCUAUGUACCUGCAUCCUUUUCCCGAUUAUGUUCAUAGCGAACAUAAACAGAUGUUCCUCGUCAGUGGCCUGAAUGGGCAUGUAGUGAUGUCUUUUUGGUGUAUGAUGAAUAAAAUCGCCGUCUUGCUUUUUAUGAGCCGUUUUGGUUCGCUCCGCCUAUUUCUGGCAACACCUCUGCGGCAAAUAUCCGUAUACGUUCACAGUCGACUACAGAUAUAAACUGUCUGAACUUAUUUAUGGCACAAGAAAAGUGACAGCAUGUUGUAAGUGCUCAAUAUCUGUUUUCUUACGUCAAGUGAUUAUCGGUGUGAUAAAACGAACGGCGAUCAAAGGAAUUUAUCACCAAGUUUUAUGCUACAAAACGUCACAGAUUUACAAAUCAAAAUUUUUGAAGCUGGAUCUGCCCCUCUUUUUUUAAAAAUUCAAUUUCUCAUAUUUGCCUUCACCUGAUUCCCAUGGGCACGAAGCCCACUUUUCCGCCUCCAGAAGGGAUUUAUUUGGAAUUUUUCUUGUUUAAAUUGGUGUCCGUUUGCAGUAAAAUGCGCGCAAACGUGAGGUUUAGGCCUAUGAAUUUCAGUAGCGACGGAAAUUGCCUGGGUAUCGAAAAAGGUCGGAUUUCGCUCAAAUUUGGCAUAAAUAACAACACCAAGGUUAUGGCAUGCUACGCAUUCGAAUUUUCAUCUCGACUUUUUACGAGUUAGGCUGGUCUACUCUAGGCGUCUGCUAGCCGCGAUUUGAUGGCUUGCGGUCCAACCUUUUGUGGAAGUUAGCUGUUUCACAAGCGAGCUCCUAUGUAGGACGUAUAAGCAGUCACUGACGAGAAGAUGCUGUGUCGCGAGGGCACGAGCCGAAUCUUUUUUUAUCCGAAAGCUGUGUCAGGUCUUCGAACUGAACUGGAUUGGUCAUCAGAGGUUUUCAGACUGCGUCGAUUACGUUAUUAUGAUACGGCACCCUCGUGGCAGAAGCAGUUUACUCAGCCGCCAAAACUAACUGGCUCUAUGUCUUCAUCGAUAACCUUGUUUGAGGAUGGUGUGGCGUCAGGGUAUAAGUAUGACUCGUCUGCUAUCCCCUUUUGCAUAUCAGUUGCUAAAUAGCAAAGCUAUCGAGCAAAUUAUUUGAUAGAGACCACCUGUCUAAAUUAACCUCCGAGCAUGGUUCGACGGUAUUCGUUAAUCGAUCACACGACACUCUGAUUUGAUCUCCACACAGACUGGAGUGGUACCUAUUUUUCCAAAUGUUCUUUCUAGAAGUUCUUUUGACUUCGCAUUGAUAGUUGCCGCUAUCAUCCCUCUCAAUUGGUUCCGCCUACCUCGCAUCGCCCCAUCAAAACAGGAUUUUUGGGGAUUUUGGCGGGCGCAGAACUGUGUGAAUCAACACUUCUUCCUUGAGCGAACCUGUAAACACUGCUGCUCUUAUCCUUUGUUGUUUUUGUCCAUUUUCCCACCAAUAUAUGCUCUGUCGCACUCCCCGUGAUCGGCCAUACUGCAUGCCGCGGUGGUUGCUGGGUAUGAGUCCAGCGUGCUAUCGCGGAACAAGCAAAAACACUUGAGUACUUUGCGGAGUGAUUUGUUUAAUGCACCCUCCAGCAUCCAUCAGGGCCCUGUGUUUUUGCCUAUGUCGAACUACAAGAUAAACUGGGUCCUUGGGCGUCGGUUCGCUAAAUAUUGAUCUGCGCACUACAUACGCUGACCACAACCAGCGGUUGUUAGGCAUGUGUUUUGUCUCCUGUAAGCCCGAACAUAGCCAAAGUGCACCUGCACAUGUGACCCUUGAGAAAAUCACCUCAGAUUUCGCCCGCCUGCCGGAUCGUGUGCGUCGAAAAUUGUUGACUAAUUAAGUGCUGCUAUUUUUGAUCAAACAGGCAAAGCUAGGAUGAAAUCAGGUGUCGUAUUGGUCGGAUGCGUACGACUUCUGUUCUCUUUCAUCAUUCUACAAUAUCUGUCGGUUGAGAAAGUUCAGAGUGCGUGAGGUUUCCAUCCACAGGUUUUUUUAUAUAGGCAUAUAGCAUGAGAUGGAAGUUCAGUGGACACUAACCUCAUGGAAGUGUUCAGUGUGUUCCAUCCUCGAUUUGCAUCCCGUUUGGGCAUACAAACCACCAACCGUGCUCCUUCUGCUUCUCCACUGUGCUUCCCCUGAUCCCGUGUUUGUUUUCUCUCGCUGAGGAUCUUUCUGGAGAUCAAGUCGCCGUGAGCAGGUCUGCGACUGACGAUAUGUCGAGUUAAGUGUUAAAAUCUGAUUCGAAACGCACAUGAAAGUUCGACUGCCGUGCCCGAAAAUGUCCACCGUGUGCUCCACAGCAAGGUGGAGUAGGCACGGUGACAUGCGCGCGAAUUUGUUUAUAAUGGGAAUACACUUGCGCAGCAUCUACCCCACCCUCUUCUCCCCUCCACCUGGGUCCGGUGUAAAGACACAGUCAAGAAGACCGGACGCAGGAUGGGGCGGCGGUGGCUGGCACGACCGGAUCCACCCCUGGUCCAUAACAAACACUUUACCAGGAUCUUAGCAACAACAACAACAGCACUACAACGAGUCAGAAGGGCGACUGGGCAGCCUUGCUCGCGACCUGUAUACCCAACGCUAGUGCAAGGGCAUCUACUGACAGGGACCCAGGUGCCAGAGAACUGCCAACCCACACUAGGCUGCGGGGGCCGUGGUUUGCUAACCAUGGCAUUGCAGGUGCUUAAAUACUGUGAGGCCUACCCGCCCACAUAAUCUGCUGUUUGCCCCGUUCAUGUGCCAACUGGGUGGAAUUUGCCCGCGAUUUGCCUUCCCAAAGACUGGAAUGGGCGAUGCUCAUUUACAAUGCGAUUAACUGGCAGCACAGGACCUGCUGCAUCAGGUGUGAUGCUGGUCUUUGCUCGUACAAGUGCAGUAUUCUCUGUUUAUAUUUCAAUACUUAUCCUGGUAAGGGUACCUUAGAUUCCCUUGUUGCACAGCCAUCGACAAGGACGUCAACUCCGCAUAUUCUUCAAUUGGUAGACCCUAUCUAAAGGAUUCAAAUAUCAUCAUGUUUUCCCGUGCCCAAAUUUUUCUUCCACAGAAUGACGUCGGCGAACACGACUCUGAAACGGACAGAGUUGAGUCCAAAUCCCCCCCGGCCGAAUCCUCCACCGAGAAGUCGGAGGCUAAAUCGAAAAAGUCCUCCGGUGACUCUUUCGGCUUCCCCUUCUUCUCAACCCCUGCUCAAAAACCCAUCCGUCUGGAGUAUACGGAAGCUCAAGUGUUCACCCUUGAUGACCCCGAGACUGUCUACGUGUGGAUUCACGAACCACCACCCAGCCUCAAGACAUGGCUCCUCGGUGCAGCUCUCAUUCUCGGCAUCAUUUUGUGUUGCUUCUUCCCCAUCUGGCCCUGGCAACUGCGUCAGGCUGCCUACUACUUGACUGUGCUGGUUCUCCUCCUUCUCGGUCUCCUCUUCGUCACAGCUCUCAUCCGUCUCUUUCUCUACGUCUCCGUUUUCCUACUUAGUCUCGGCCGGCGACAGUUCUGGCUUUUCCCCAACUUCUUUGCGGACUGCGGCUUCUUUGAAUCCUUCCGGCCGUUCUAUAGCUUUGAGAAGACUGGCGCCGCUGCUGCUACGGCUGCUGGCAGUCCGGUUAAGUCGACUAAAAAGGAGGGCAAAAGGUCCUCAAAGAAGGCUGCCCCCUCAGUGGAAUCAUCCCCUCCGGCUUCUGUGGAACUAAAACCCGCCGAGGGGGAUUCAGAAAAGGCCUCGCAUGGGAAGCAGGACUGA